AUGAUAACUUCGCCUUAGGAGAUGAGAAUAUUAUCGAAGCGAUUCUUCGGUAACAAGAUCAUUGAUUCAAUUGUGCUUGAGGAGAUGAAGGAAAAUUAUUAAAAUAAGGAUAGAAUUGCAAAUAUCAUUUAGAGAUGUUAUCCUGAAAGUUACAAGUUAUAUUUGGAUUUAGAUCCUUAGCUUCUAAGCAUCUUCAUUUAGUAUUUCUUAAACUAACUUAAUUUUGUGAUUGAAAAAAAGUAUAUAUUUCAAAGAGCUACAUGCUUGUUGGAAUUGAGUGUCCAUUUAUUCAAUAUUUCAUGGGAGAAAAGAUGGAAUCGAGAAAAAUCAUUUGAAGAGUUCAGAUAAAUAAUUGUCAGGCAUUCAUUAUAUAGACCACCACAUAAUGUUUACAUAUUUAGUUUGGACAACUUGAAAGAGAUUUCGUCGCAUUUUCUAUAGACAUUCUUUAGAUUCUAUAGAGCUUACUUCUUCACAUUCACUCCCUGGGUUGACAUCGUGGUCACAACUUAUCAGAAACAUUAAAUUAAAAAGGAUGUGAAGGAUUUAGAGUUGGAGAAGUUGAGACAGGAAGCAGAAUAAUAUAAUGAUUAGAUUGAUCCAGAAAUGAUGGAACAAUUGAUGAGUGGCAAUUCCAUAUAUUAGAUUCCUGAAAAGAAGAAGAGGGAGAUGUUAGAAUAACAAUAGUAGAAAGAGAAAUAAGAAAGAAUAGACAGAGUACUAAAGAAGAGAUUAGAAGAGUUAUAAUAAGUGUUUGAUUAAAAAAUUAAAGAAUAAGAUGAACAUUUCAUAAAAUUGGCUGAAGAUUUAAAAAACCCAAAGAAAAAGUGA